AAUUGGGCGGCGGCCUGCUAAGCUAGGCAGAGCUUUCCGCAUCGGUAGGAAACAUGUGGGGGUGCUGCAGGCGGUUGGGUCGAUUAACUUUUGGUUUAAUUACGCAGCCGGCUGCAAGAAGACUAAGCGACUGCGGUGGGCGAAGGAUAAGGCAGCUGGCAUGGAGCCACCGUGAGAGUGUCCUGCAGCGAUCUGAAUCGGUGGCGGGCAUUGGUCCUUUCUGCCAUUCAGGUUUUCUAAAAAACAGGAGACAGAUAGUUUGCCACUUUUGCACAGCUGAGGAUCAUGAUGUCUCCUACCAACAACUCAAAGAUUUGUUGGAAUCAAAGGCCAUCUGGCUUAUUGAUGUCAGAGAAAAAUGGGAAAUUGCAGAGCAUGGAAAAAUUCCUGGAUCAAUCAAUAUUCCAGUCGGAGAAGUUGUGGAAGCUUUACAGAUGGACCCAGUAGAUUUUAAAGAGAAAUACAAUCAAGAUAAGCCUUCUAACUCAGAUCAUGUAGUGUUUUCCUGUCUGGCUGGGGUGAGAAGCCGCCAGGCUCUAGCUGCUUCAAAAUCACUGGGUUUCAGCAGAGUUCAGCAGUACCCUGGCGGCUUCAGUGAAUGGCUGGAGUAUGAAUCUUCAAGGAAGAAAUGAUGUCUAGAAUACAGAAAUUCUACAUACCCUGAAAGUGCAGAGGGCUAUAGCUAAUGCUAUUUAAUAAAAGUUAAGAAUCUAGGCAUAUUAAGACAUGGUUAUUUUGCCAGCAAAAAAAAAAAAGAUUUGAGAUAUGCUUCAAAUGUUUAGUCUGGUUAACAUAAUGGAAAUCUUUCUGUUUAAAUUUUAAAAAUUAAUUUAAACAGAUUUAAGAAAUGUACAACUAAUCAUUGUGAUAAAUUUAGCAAUAAAUAAUGAUAUAAACGUAACUAAAAUUAGUUAGAAUUAAGUUAUGUAUAUCUCUGGGCACGAAUCAAAGACAAAUGUACUAUUAAAAUGUUAAACUCAAAGCUGGGAGAAAAAAUGGCACUAAAAUAUUUAGCCACAUUUUAUAGGUGUGACCUGCCCUUAUUUUCUUCAACUUUAGAUUCAGAAAUUAAGCUAUAAUCCUGCUUGUUGCUCUUGACCUUCAAGUAUCUCUAGACAUUAAAUAUUUGCAGAAAUAGUAUUGAGAAACACACUUCUGUCCACACAGAGGAAACUGAUUAGAUCAGAUAUGUAUUGUUAUCUGUGAUAAGGUUUUGCUACAUUUAAGGUUAGGGACACAAUCUAUUUUUACAUAAACAACUUCUAUAAAAUUCCAUUCCUCACUGAGAGAUUGUGUUACAUGAAAACACUGAAUUUUCAGUGCAGUGCCUAUGGUAUCAGGACCAUUAUGUCCCACUUUAAGAUAACAAAACUGGUAAAUUUUGUAAUUCAUUUGAAUAUAGAAAUAGCUCUCCAACCUCUGGUGGGUGUUUCUCUUUUCAUACCCACAGAGGAAAGACGCAAACGCAUUACUUGCAACACUGUGAUAAGGCACUCCAGAGAAAACUUUUUAAAAAUGCAUAAUGUAUCCAUGGGGUCUGAUGCAGCACUUAUAAGAAUUAUUGCUUAUAGUUCUGAAAUAAAAUAGUCAACAUUGUUAA